AUGGGUGUGACUGUUCUGCAACCCUAUCCCCUGCCCGAGGGCAAAUCGGGGGCGUACAUCGUUGACCAGCUGAGCAAGCGACUGCUCGCCCUGGGCGCCACACAUGCCGGUCAAUUUCUGGUGGACUGCGAAACCUUCAUCUCGACGCCACAGCCCCACAAUGGAGCACCCAGUCGCGCCGUCCACGUCCUGCACAACUCGGAGUACCCCGCCUCCACGUUCUCCAUCAUCGACAACGGCACCGGCAAGCAGGUGGCCCUCGUCGCCGACAACAUCUUCGAUCUGCUGAUGCUCAAGAUGACCAACACCUUCACCUCCAAGAAACAGACCAAAAUCGAGUCCCGGGGCGCCCGUUUCGAGUACGGCGAUUUCGUCAUCAAACUGGGGUCAGUCACCAUGAUGGAGCACUUCAAGGGUAUCCUCAUCGAGAUCGAGUACAAGUCGUGUGUGAUACUGGCCUACUGCUGGGAGAUGAUACGCGAGGUGCUGCAGGGAUUCCUGGGCAUUGGGGUGAGCAAGGACUUCCCCUCGUACUUUGCCCCGCAGACCAUAAUGACGGCGAUGGGCCAGCAGCAGCUGCAUGCGAAGCACAACGACAUCUACGAGCCGGUGGACACGGUGAAGCAGUACCUGGAGCAGUUCACCAACUACCGGAAGCACGUGGCCCUGCUCGGCGGCAUGGGCAGUGGUUCGGUUGGCCCACAAGUGGGUCCGCCCGUGCACAUGGCGCCCUCGGUGGUGGGCCUGAAUCGACCCUGAUCCGCCGACGUCAAGCUGGAGCCACCGGAUGGACCAGUAGCCGAUUAAGAUGGAUAUUAUCAAGCAAUCCCAUUUUUUUUUGUUUUUAAAUUAAAUCGAUUGAGUGAGGUCUUCAAAUAUAAUAAAUAUUAUAGAUACGUGUUACAGAAACCUUCAGUAUGCAAAGCAAAAUUUAAUUCUGGUAAUCAUUGAGAAAUAACAGAACUUUUACACACUACUAUCCGGUUUACCAUAUCCAAAGUUAUACGUACUUGCUUUAAAUAUCUGGAGAUUUCUGAAACAAUCCGUUAAAUUAAAAAUUAUAGGGUCCUCUUUGCAUCGUAAAUAUUUGGAACAUCUUAGAGAUUUCAUUUAAGAUAUAUUAAGUAUUGUAUAUGUAUGUAGGAAACUGUAUAACUAAAUAAAAAUACGAAAAUUUGCUUUGCAUUUUAGCAAGAAGUAAA